AUGGACUGGUUGAUGGGGAAAGCUAGAGGGGUAAGUCGUGGCUUCAUGCAUUCCCCUCCCAGCAUUGUUUCUUCCGCUGCAACAGAACCUAUUCCCGUUGUUCAUCAUAGUCAUUGUAUCUCUCCGAAUGGCACUCCGCCAUUGAGUACUAGCAGUGUAAGUGCUGAAACUGACAACAGACGUUCUCCUGUUCCUGUGAAAGAGUUUUCUGCAAAUGAAUCUCGUGGCGGCUCAGCUGUAAAGUUUCGCGCCCCUUCACCUCUGUCUGUAAACGCUCAAGUUUCUCAGGUGCCGAGCAAGUGUUCGCAAUCACCUGGGGUGUCUGUUGAAACAGAAACUCAUGCUGACCAAAAAAUUCCAAUGUACAUGAAAAAUGUUUAUGUUUCCCAGCAAUUACCCAUAUUUUUGGAUUCAUCUUAUCCUGAGUUCUGUGAUGUUGUAGAGCCAUUUCCAGCUAUGGAUACAAAUGAGUGGCUUGCUGCACACACGAUUGCCUUAUUUGACAAUAUUAGUAUAAUAUAUGACGCCAUAUAUGAGCUCUGCGGUUGCCGAAGCUUGUGGGAGUCUUUGGAAGAUUCAGGGAUCCACAAUAUUGUCUCCUCAUUGUUACUGGAAAUUUCAAAUAGUUCUCUUGGUGUACAGAGCGAAGACGAUCGCGGCAAAAAGAACAAAAGUCUCAUUGCAGGCUCCAUCUCACAAUACAGUAGAAUUUCAGCUCGUCAAGCUAUUGAUGGUGCUCUAUCUUCUUGCCAUGAUCUUAUUCAAUGCCCUCGUUUAUUUCCUAUACGAAAUGGUGAACCAUUUCCUCCUGAUUUGCCCCAGUAUGUUUCCGUUAUAUGCAAAAAUAUACUAGUCUGUAUAGUUCAUAUGUAUGUUGCACAUUUUAAUCAUCUAGAUCAACUUGAGUUAAUACCUCAUAUGAAUACCCUAGCCAGACAUUUCUUCGCAUUUAGCAAGAGGUUUUCGCUUGUUGAUGAUAAACAGUUGGAUGCUUUGGCGUGUUUCAGUCAUACAGCAUUUAGUUCAAAUACUUGA